GAUUGACGUCUCAGAUAACUGCAUGAAACUAGUUUUUCUGAGAGGAUGAAAACGGUCGCACAUAAUUUUGGCACUGAACGAAAGCAUGGCAGGGAGUCAACAGGCCAACGAGGAGCUCACACAGCUGCUGAACGAGCUCUGGUGUCUGGACACCAACCGUCUCAGGCCGGGGACUGAUUACAUCAUCUCCCUCCAGGGGAGGGCAGGUUAUGUGGCUCAGGGCAGUAACUAUGCCAGAGACAGGGCCCGUGCGCCGCUCUUCACAUAUGUCAACGAAGACAAGCUCAAGGGUAUCGAGACAUAUUCACAUUUCAUCAACCUGCUGGACAACUAUGAGGCGUCCACAGGUGUAUCUGAGACGGUGACGUCAGACGAGCUUAAAGAGAACUGGCUGUUUAUCGAUUCCAUGAUGGAGACCACUGUCAUGAAGUGUGCUCACAGGUAUCUGCACAAAAAAGGGCAGUCCCCAUCAGACAGUGAACAGUUCAAGAAACAGUUGCAUGACAUCUGGUUCCGCCUCUACCACAGAGACAGGAGUGGAGGUGAGGAUUCCUGUGGCUUUGAACACGUGUUUGUGGGAGAAACUAAGUUCAGCCAUGAGAUCAUUGGUCUGCACAACUGGGUCCAGUUCUACCUGCAGGAAAAACACGACCAUGUUGACUACAAAGGCUACAAAGCAAGAGCCAACAAAGAUACACCGGAUGAAGACGAUCACGUGCUGAACCUGCAGUUCAGUUGGAAAGGUUUGGUGAAGCCGCUCGGUGGCUGCUUCAUUGGUGUCAGUCCAGAGUUUGAGGUGGCUCUCUUCACCAUCGUCUUCCUCAUGUCGACUGAGAAGAAGACGUCUCUGGAGGUGAAAGUGGACGAGUACGUUCUGGAGCUGGUUGUCUAUCGGCACGGGCGAUGCAUCGGCACGGCCUACCCCAAACUGCUCAGCAGCAACCACAAGGAUUUGUAAUAUCACUCGAGUCAAGCUGUCAACUUUUCAUGUAAACAAUUUAAAACAAUUUGUGUUACACUUUCAUUCCUGUGCAGUAUGACCCCAAGAUAAAUCUGGAUCACGUUCUCUUUACACAGGCGUACACUGUCUAUAAUUCAUUUUCAGUCUAAACUUCCUGAUCUGGAUUGAUAUCAUGGAAGGAAUAUAGCUUGUUAAUCAUGUAUCUUUCUUAUUCCGUAUGCUGUUAUGCAGUAAAUAAACGUCUCUUUAUCUACAAA